AGAAACAUAAACUAAACUUUCUUCUUUGUAUAAAAAGCUUUAAGCUACCUCUCAUAUUUUCUUCCAAGUUCAUCACUUUCUUUUCUUAUCCUUCUCUCAAUACAUGGCAAAUCUUGGUCUUUACUACUUGUUUUUUGUUUUAUUUUCUUUCCAUUUUGUGACUAACAAUGCUGCAGGUUCUGCUGUUGCCGUAAACUCGAAAAAUGGUGCCACAAAUUUCAUCAGGCUUUCCUGCAGAGCAACUCUGUAUCCAGUCUUAUGUUUCCAGUCUCUCUCAAUGUAUGCUACCAAAAUCCAACAGAACGAGCGCCACCUCGCAGAAGCAGCGCUCUCUGUAAGCCUAGCCAAGGCGAGGUUCACUGCAAUGUUCGUGUCCAAAUUGACCAAAGUGUCAGGAAUUAGGCCAAGAGAGUUCAGAGCAGUGAAAGAUUGUAUCGAAAACAUGGGCGAUACGGUUGAUCAGCUUUCGAGAUCCAUGAAGGAAAUGAGCCGAAUCCGGGGCAAUCAAGACUUCAUGUGGCACAUGAGCAAUGUGCAGACAUGGGUAAGUGCUGCUUUAACAUAUGAGAACACUUGUUUUGAUGGCUUUUCUGGGAAUUUUAUGGAAGGGAAUGUUAAGGCUGCGGUUAAGAGAAGGAUUGUCACUGUUGCACAAGUUACUAGCAAUGCACUUGCGCUUGUUAAUAGGUUUGCUGAAAGACACCAAGCUGCAGCCACAAAUAUGCCAUAGUUUAAUUUUUGCUUGCUUUUGAGUCUGUAUGUGAGUGCUUAAGUUCAGUUGUUUUUUUUGUUAAACCGGUGUCGGGCCAGCUUUCGCGCACCACGACUAAUCCGAUUCAUGCCUCAAGACAACAGGUUUUAAGCGUCGCUGUCCAACCAUUCGAGACCCCGUGUGGUUGCUUGAGUUCAGUUUUGUUGCUGGUUGAAGCCACCAAAAUGGUCAAGACUUUUCCAAAGUCUAUCUUUGCUUUGCUAGUGUGUCUAUGUACAGUUUAUGUUGAGAUUAUGUUCAAGUGCUUUAUAUACUUCUCCGCAUCCUUUCUUCA